AUGUCUAUUCACCUCUGUCGCUUUAUGGUGUGGAUAGAUAUCUUUGCGUUAACAGCCUCCAUUUUUACCCUAACAUUCAUCAGUUUUGACCGAUAUCUCAAAAUCAGCAAACCACUUCAGUACAAAUCACGAAUCACAAGCUCCAUUGCGAUGAAAAUAAUUGGCAUCAUCGUUUUAAUUUCAACUGUCUCUGCCACUUACUCCGCCACCCCCGGUUCUGGGAUCGAAGGAAUUCUAGGGACUGGGCGACAGAAAAUGUUGCGGGAUGGCGAACUUGGCCAAGCAUCCAACAACCGCAACCAGCAAACUGCAACGCUACGACAAGAUAUGAAAGUAGUUCGGAUGUUGUUGGUUAUUGUUGGGGUAUUUGUACUUUGCUGGAGUCCUUGGUUCAUUUCGAUCUUUAUAUUCCAAAACUAUCCAAAUGGGGUCUCUGCAAUCCAAUAA